AUGCGGCAGGCACUGGCGUUGCUGCUGCUCGCUGCCGCAUGUGCCGCUGCCUCUGCGCAAAUCGCUUGGACACCGAUUUUCCUUGAUGGCAGCAGUCAGGUGGACUUAUGGACGCAGUCGUCGUCAGGAUGUACCUGCCCAGGUGGGGGUGGUGAAGACUGCGCGUGUUGUGUGCGCGAUGGCGCAUGCCCGUGCGGCGAGAUCGCGCCCACACGCUGCGCACAGUGCGGCCUUGAGCAGUAUUGUGCCAACAUGUGCAACAUCACAAUCGAUUCGCGCAUUCUCAAGAGCAAGUCUGGGAAGACAUUUGGUCAGAUCAAAUCUCCUUCAAUCGAGGGCCCAGGAUCCUGCUCUUACUUUCUUCAGCCAGACGCUGGUCAACGGGUCGAGAUACAGCUUUAUAGGCUUGUCUCCGUUGGCCGAUUUAAUGGUUCCAUUUGCGUGGGGGGCUGGCUGCAGUUGGGUAGCGCGAGCGCGGUUCGCGCGGCGGCGGGAGCGGCAGAAACGCGUCUUUGCGGCGCCAACGAACGGUACACGCCACCUGUCGUGCUGUUCGCUGACCACGGUGCUUCUGUACUUGAGUUUAGGAUAACAGAGAAGACUGUGAGGUCACAAUUUCUUGCUUUCUUCAGCUUUACUUCUCUUAGCAACACGCAAGGUGUGGGAUUCCAUCCAAAAGGUGGCUCCAGGAUAGCACAUACAGAUUGUGACUGGCUGUAUCAAGAUGUGUCGUGCCGCGGGGCGGGCGCGUGCGUGUUGGCGAGUCCCGGAUAUCCCGGAUUAUAUCCGCCGCACCGUCGCUGCCGUUAUCUCUUUGCCACCAACUCCGUACAUACGAGGGUCAAAAUCAUAUUUACCUCCAUCCUGCUACCAAGAAAUCACUGUGCGACGGAUUACCUAACUCUACGGGCUGGAAGUUCGCCUUCGGCUCCGCUUCUUGCUUCACUCUGUUCUGAAAGAAGCACUUCGUUGGAGCAUCCUGGACCAAAUCUAUUGUUGGAGUUCAAUUCUGGCCCCCUGGUACCGCCAUACGACUAUAAUGGAUUUAUAGCGAAGCUGGAAUUUGUGGAACGCAUUGACAGUAGCGGCCCACCACCGACUGUCGCCGCCGCGUCGCCACCUCUCGCGGCGCUUACGCAUAUAUCGCAACAUGAGGACGGAUUAUCGUCAGGAGACAACAAUAAGGUUUCUAAUGAAGUCUCCAAUGGUGGGCAUUUUGGCUGCGGCGCGACAGUACGCGGUUUCGGCGCGGGUGGUGUGCGCUCCGGACAUUUUGAUACUAGAGCAAAUACUUGGCGUUCGCAGUGUACGUUACAUCUAAUAGGUUCACCUACGGAUGUCGUGCAGGUUUCGCUAUUUAAUUACAAUUUAAAGUUACCAAGCUGUAGAUCUCAUGUUGAGAUCUUAGAGGGCUUACAUGAGUUUGGAGGCCGGGGAGAAAGGGCAGACAGGUCUGAAAGAAUAGAUAGAGCUCUCUUGAGGGUAUGCGGACCUACGAUGAGAGAAGCAAGAGACUCUUCGGGAAGAUUUAAGAUUCGCCAAGCUGUGACAUCUAAGGGUGCUAAUUUGACGAUCCUGGUGCGACGCGCAGCAUCUCAAAGUGACUCUGAAGAGGAAUUCGUCGACGGUGCCUUUGCAUUUCACGAUCAGCAACAUGAAGGCACUGCGUCUCCAGACGACACGUGCGCAUCGACACACUAUGGACUCGCAUCACCUGCGCACGGUGGCGUCUCAGCGCCUACGCACCAUCAUAUUUUCUGGAAUCUGGAGGAAAGGCUACUCUGCACACAUCGUUUUAUACCCGCUGCUAAUCAGAGCGUUACGAUUGAGAUCCAGCGAUUAGAUCGCAUGUGGAGUGCCGAGCCGACAGGCACUGUGGGAGCAACGGGGUGCCGCACGGCGUGUGGCGACGCGGGCUGCGAGUGCCGUGCUACCACGCCGCUGCACUACCAUGACCACAUCGCACUCGUUGCGGGGGAUGGCACCCAUUUGUCGUGCUUGUGUGGCGAUUUUCAGGCGGUUUGGUUGCCUGUAGUUGUUCGUAGCUGGACCAGUGUUCGAUUAGAAUAUUCAGUGGCUCACUACACAUACGCAAGCCGUGGGUUUGAAUACGCCGCUGCAUACAGUUUUAAUGAUGAUGCCAUGUGUGGACAGCGCAGUUACACAACUCACUCUGGUGAAAUAACAUCGAAAAAUGUAACGGUGACGGGGAGUUUGAAUGAAUUUUUUUAUCAGCAAUGUACCUGGAUACUGGAUUCGAACGUCGAACGACAGCUUUUUAUAGAUAUAUCUUCGGAACAGGAUAAGUCGUGCAGCUCAUGGAAUAUCACUCUUCACGAGUGGUCGGGACCUGGAUCACACGGUGACAGUGGAUUAGCGGCGGCAGCUGGCGAGCUGCUAUAUACUUUCUGCGCUCGACAUAAGAACCACACUUACACGUUACCAUGGCGUCUCAACACUGUCGUGAUACGGCUGGUAGCACUGUCACGGCAGCAGCCUCUCUACACGAUCCGGUGGAGAUCCCAAGUGGUUCGUGCCAACAAUCGGCUCGGACCGCCCACUCCGGCUCCCGCAGCCGCUGGAACUGCCGUCACAUUCAAAAUCGAUCUGAUCCACGGACUAAUUUACUUUUUACUGUGUAUGGGUGUUAAUAAAACUUUACUACCAAUUAUAUAGAACGAUAAAUCGUGAAACGUACCGUUGGCGUUCUAAUUAUUUUUUGUUUUUAUUGUGAAUUAAUGUCAGGACUUUAUCGUGGAUGUUCCAGGAUAAAUGAUCAGUGUGCUAUAGUAAAUAAGUGAAAAAGAAGAGAGCAGUCCGAAUUGAUGUUGAAAGUUUUGCUCUCUUGAGGAUUAUGGUUUAUGUAGCCGGUGGCAAAAUUGAGGCGUGGCCGAAGAAAUCGGAUUCGUAUUGCAAUAACACCGAAAAUGGACCACUUUGUUUUUUUUUGUGCAGAAUACUUGUACAGGAGAAAUAAUGACGUAAGCGCUCUGCAGCCUUAUUCUCUGACUCGACCAGGAAGUAAACACCACAUUUGUUAUUUAAGUCUAUACAGCGAAAUACCGUUUUUCUAUAAAGUUUGAUUUAUAUUCUAGUAUGGUUUGUACAGGCUAGGUAACAAACCUAUGGAAAAUGUGACGGAGUCGGUUGUAAAUAAUGGACAUUUACCAAGAGUGUUCCAUUGCAUAAUGUAAUUUUAUUAUGGUUGAAAGCCUUUUGUUAGGAAAUUAUCACUGUAAUACAGUUUUCUGAGCCUUGUAGACAGGAAUUAACAGUGUAUUCGUAAUAAACAGGAAAGAAACAGAAUACCAAAGCCUAGUACUAGUAAUAAAAUAGUAAUCAAUCGGAUGGCUUGCUUUAAUUUCUUGACUUUGAUGUUUUGUUACCUCAAAUAUAGAACUAAAAAAGCUAAAAUACUCUCGUUACUAUGAAUAUAAUCGACCUGUAAACGAUGAAUUUGUAUAAAUCAUUGUUAAUUCGGUGCUGAGAAUCAAGUGGUGAUUAAUUUAAGGUACUGUUAAUAUUAUUUUCCUUAUGCAAAUAGCAUCAAUUGAGUAACUAGAUAAUGUUAAUGUCAAUUACGAAUUGUAUAUGUCUAGAAUAAAACAUGUAUUUGUUAUUUAUAUGUUUCGUUAAUGUACAAACCUAUG